AUGAAGUACUCCGCCGUCAUCGUCUCCGUCAUCGGCCUCGCCGCCGCCCAGACGCUCGACAUCCAGCAGUCGUCUGUUGCCGCCUCCGCUUCUUCUGCCGUCUCCUCGGCGGUAGCCUCCGCCUCUUCUGCCGUCUCCUCGGCCGUAUCUUCCGCUUCCUCUGCCGCCUCCAGCAGAGCCUCUUCUGCCUCAUCUGCUUCAUCUGCCGCUUCCAGCAGAGCCUCUUCUGCCUCAUCUGCCGCCUCCAGCAGAGCCUCUUCCACCGCACCGGUGGUGUCGUCUGCUCCCGUCAUCACGGGCCCUGGAUCUACUCGCACCGCCGUUGUCACGAGCGCACUCACCGCCCGCAACGGCACCACCACUGCCGUUGUCACCACCGCAGUCCCCGUCCCAGUCCCCGGCCCAGUCACCAUCAACGGCACCAUCGUCUUCCCCACCGCCGUCCCCCCCACUCAGACCCCCGUCACCAUCAACGGCGCUGCUACCCAUGGCCCUGCCGGCAUCUUGGCCGCCAUCGCUCUUGGUGUCCUUGCUUACCUGUAA